AUGCCGCCAACACUCAUACUUAUCCGCCAUGCUCAGGCCCAACACAAUGCUACCAGCGACUGGUCUAUCCGGGAUCCUCCACUUACCGAGCUGGGUGAACAGCAAUGUCGCGAGCUACACGAGAGUCUGAAAGCGAGCAAGAUUGGCAAUGAGGUUGAACUCAUCGUCGUGAGCGCUCAGAGACGGACACUCCAGACCGCCACUAUUGGACUAGACUGGCUUAUCAAGAAGGGUACAAAAGUCAUUCCCGACGCAAAUUGGCAAGAAAACGCAGACAAGCCCUGUGACACUGGAACACCCAUCGACGAGAUCUCCAAGGAAUUCCCUCAAUACGACUUUUCUGUUGUAGAUCCUUCAUUCCCGGACAAGACGACAGGCGGAGCCAAGAACCCAUACGCCUUUACGGAAAAGGCUAUCCUAGCACGUGGACAGAGAUGCCUCAAGGACCUCUACUCGCGUCCUGAAAAGGUCAUUGCUGUUGUCUCGCAUUCGGGUUUCCUGCGUACUGGUGUAUGCAACCGCAUGUUCUUCAACGCCGAUUGGCGUGUCUUUGAGUUUGAUGAGGAGGAGAUGAAGAAGAACCCUGGGUUCUUCGUGCUGAAAGAGAACGAGGAGACGGAGAAGAACGGUGGCGGUAUGGGUAGGAGUGACGUUGGCGUCUUUGGUAUCGUACCCGGUGACUUCCCGCCGGAGGUUGAGGAGGAGAUCGCGACGAAACAGGCACAGGUUGUUGACGAGGCUACCAAGCAGAACCCAAGUGCUUGA